AUGGCCAACUAUAACACUUUCAAUUCCCAAAAACUGCAAAUCCAAACUUGUGCUGAAUUAAAACCUUUAAUUCCUGAAGAUAAACUCGUCUUCGGUAAAAACUUUACCGACCACAUGAUUACAAUUGAAUGGGAUGCAGAGAGUGGAUGGGAUAAGCCCAAUAUCAAGCCUUACGGCAAGCUGGAAUUGGAACCUAGCGCCGUUGUUUUUCAUUAUGGUUUUGAGUGUUUUGAGGGUAUGAAGGCAUACAAAGAUGCUCAAGGCCAUGUCAGACUCUUUCGCCCUGAAAUGAACAUGGCACGUCUAAAUAAAUCCUCUUCACGAUUGUGUAUGCCAACAUUUGAUCCCGAAGAGUUGAUAAAAGUUAUCACAGAGUUUUUGCGAAUCGAAAAUCGAUGGAUUUCUUCUAAACGUGGGUACUCCCUUUACUUGCGCCCAACCGUAAUUGGAACUCAAUCAUCUCUUGGUGUCCGUGCGCCAAAUAAAGUUCUCUUGUUUGUCAUUGCUUCGCCAGUAGGGCCUUAUUUUUCCACUGGUGUCAAAGCUGUAAGUUUACUCGCCUCCACUGAAUAUGUUCGGUCCUGGCCUAACGGUACUGGAGACUGCAAAAUAGGUGGUAAUUAUGCACCUUGUGCUAGACCUCAACUAAUUGCAUCAAAGAAAGGAUAUCAACAGAACCUAUGGCUUUUUGGUAAUGAUGACGAAGUCACCGAAGCCGGUACUAUGAAUUUUUUUAUGCUAUGGGAAAAUCCUAAUACAGGCCGUCGUGAAUUGGUGACACCACCUUUGAAUGGACUAAUCCUCCCUGGUAUUACGCGUGAUAGUAUUAUACAGUUGGUAAGAUCUUGGGAAGCUGAGACAGGUAUUCAUGUACGUGAAGGAAAAAUUACAAUGGCAGACAUCAUACAUGCUGUAGAUGACAAUCGUAUCUUGGAAAUGUUUGGUACUGGAACAGCAUGUAUUGUCAGUCCGAUCAAGAGUAUCGGUUACAAAGGAAAAGAUAUUCAGAUUCUACUUCGACGCUCUAAAUCAAAUUCCGAGGCUGGUCCUUUGACAAUGAAAAUCAACGCUGCUAUCUUGGACAUCCAAUAUGGAGUUGUGGAACACCAUUUUUCUCGUGUAAUUAUUUAG